UCCGCCAUAUUGGGAAGUACAGGAAGUGAACGCGAGAGAGCGAGCAAAGGGGGGCGAGAGAACAGACGGAGUGGGGGCGGCAGAUAGACUCCGGGAGUGAUAGACUACUGCUACAUGUGGCUUUGGCAUCUCGGAAGGGGGUAAAGGGUGUCCUCUUUUCGGUUUCUCAUGUUCGUCCACCAGGAGGGAGAGGCGGACUCGGCGCCACUACACACCCGCGGAUAGGUCGCGUUACCCCGGCUCGAGAGCUCCGUAGCGGGUCGGCGCGAACCGGCCAAGUGACACGGAACUAGCUUCACAUUCUGCCAAAAGGCCGAAGAAAGAAGGCAAAGAGAAAUUGAAGUGAGGGCGACUAGAACCUGAGGUCCCGACUCCCGGGCCACGCAAGAGCACGUGAAAGCGGCUGAGAGGGGACGAGUCGAGGCAGAGGAAGGACAAGAUGCCGCUGGCUCAGCUGGUGGAUCCCUGGCAGAAGAUGCCGCUGGGGGGCACGACGGGGGAGGAUGCUCAUAAUGACCUGGACGACUCUGUGGGCGAGGACGACGGCGUGGUGCUGCGCAAUGAUGAUGUGCCUAUGAAGGAGAUCAACAUCACUCACCAUGUGAAGGAAGGAUGUGAGAAGGCCGACCCUCGCCAGUUCGAGCUACGCAAAGUCCUGGGUCAAGGCUCCUUUGGCAAGGUGUUCUUGGUGAGGAAGGUCACAGGUCCAGACGCUGGCCAACUGUAUGCCAUGAAAGUCCUGAAGAAAGCAACACUGAAAGUGCGCGACCGCGUCAGGACAAAGAUGGAGAGAGACAUCUUGGUGGAAGUCAACCAUCCCUUCAUCGUCAAACUGCACUACGCCUUCCAGACGGAGGGGAAGCUCUACCUGAUCCUGGACUUCCUGAGAGGGGGCGACCUCUUCACGAGGCUUUCCAAAGAGGUGAUGUUCACAGAGGAGGAUGUCAAAUUCUACCUGGCAGAACUGGCGCUGGCUCUCGAUCAUCUUCACGGCCUGGGUAUCAUUUACAGGGACCUGAAGCCGGAGAACAUCCUGCUGGAUGAGGACGGACACAUCAAGCUGACAGACUUUGGCCUGAGCAAGGAAUCCAUCGACCACGAGAACAAGGCGUACUCGUUCUGCGGGACGGUGGAGUACAUGGCCCCGGAAGUAGUCAACCGGCGGGGACACACGCACAGCGCCGACUGGUGGUCGUACGGAGUACUGAUGUUCGAGAUGCUGACGGGAACGCUGCCAUUUCAAGGCAAAGACCGCAAAGAGACCAUGACCAUGAUCCUCAAGGCCAAGCUGGGAAUGCCGCAGUUUUUGAGUUCAGAAGCGCAGAGUCUUCUCAGGAACCUUUUUAAGCGCAACCCUUCCAACCGAUUGGGAGCUGGUCCAGAUGGCGUGGAGGAGAUCAAAAGGCAUCAGUUCUUCAGCACUAUCGACUGGAACAAACUCUUUCGCAGGGAGAUCCCGCCUCCCUUCAAGCCCGCGGCCGGACGACCCGACGACACCUUCUACUUUGACCCGGAGUUCACUGCUAAAACACCCCGCGACUCUCCAGGAGUGCCGCCCAGCGCCAACGCCCAUCAGCUCUUCCGAGGAUUCAGUUUUGUGGCAAUAACCGAAGAGGAAACGCAACCGAUGCCAAACACCAUCGUUCAGCAGCUGCACAGAAGCACAUCUCAGUUUUGCGACACCUACGACGUGAAGGAGGAAAUCGGGAUUGGCUCCUACUCCAUCUGCAAGCGCUGCAUGCACAAGGGCACGGGCAUGGACUACGCCGUCAAGAUCAUCAACAAAGCCAAGCGGGACCCUACGGAAGAGGUGGAAAUCCUGCUGAGAUACGGCCAGCACCCCAACAUCAUCACGCUGAAAGACGUGUACGACGACGGGCGCUCUGUCUUCCUGGUGACCGAGCUGAUGAAGGGCGGAGAGCUGCUGGAUAAAAUCCUACGCCAGAAGUUCUUUUCCGAGCGGGAGGCCAGCGCCGUUCUCUUCACCAUCACCAAGACGCUUGAGUACCUUCACGUGCAGGGGGUGGUGCACCGAGACCUGAAGCCCAGCAACAUCCUCUACGUGGACGAGAGCGGCAACGCCGAAUCCAUCAGGAUCUGCGACUUUGGUUUUGCCAAGCAGCUGAGGGCAGAGAACGGCCUGCUCAUGACGCCGUGCUAUACCGCCAAUUUUGUCGCUCCAGAGGUUCUGAAGAAGCAGGGUUACGACGCAGCCUGUGACAUUUGGAGUCUGGGAGUGCUCCUCUACACUAUGCUGACAGGCUUCACUCCGUUCGCCAAUGGCCCCGAGGACACGCCAGAGGAGAUUUUAGCCCGAAUCGGCAGCGGGAAGUUCUCACUCACUGGAGGAUACUGGAACUCUGUGUCUUCUGAGGCUAAGGAUCUGGUGUCAAAGAUGCUUCACGUGGACCCCCACCAGCGGCUGACAGCCGGUCAGGUGCUGCGCCACCCGUGGGUGACGCACCGGGACCAGCUGCCCAAGUACACGCUCAACAGGCAGGACGCGCCGCACCUGGUCAAGGGAGCGAUGGCCGCCACGUACUCGGCCCUGAACAGGAACGUCCCGCCGGUUCUGGAGCCGGUGGGCUGCUCCACUCUGGCGCAGCGGCGGGGUGUGAAGAAACUCACUUCCACUGCUCUGUGAUGUCCACCCCUCAAACCUCGCUCAUCUCCCGUCAACUUUGACCUCUAGCUGACCUCGGACAGACUACUGAUGUAAUCCGGGAGGCGCCGACGCCGCCCACAAAAAGAGCACACAGAGGCCGCCGCCCUCCCGCACACCCAACAGACUCUUCCGAUUGGACGGCCGGCGGCGUUCUUCCGGGAUCCACUUGUGGACUUUUGCUUUAGACAAUCAGAACAGCAAGAAAGCGCGCGUGUACAUAAAGCUCAGUGUGAGAAACGCGAUAAUCACGCAGAAGCGGGAUGCUUUGUUUUAAACUUCCCUGUCGUCACGGUGACGGCAAACGUAACCUCUUGUGAUCGGUAGAACCCCAAAGCAGAAUAUAAACGUCUUCUGUCAGUUUUGACGACCUGGUGACGUUGGGGAGCUCUGCGUACGCUCCUCUUUGGAAAGAAGCCCGAUGAUUUAUGCAAGUAACCAGACUUAAAAAUCGCCAUCGUCCCGUCCGACGCACUUGUCGCUUCCGUUUGAAACAAAAACAAGCGUACUUCCUCACCUCAGGUUUCCACUCGUCCGGUUGGACGACCGACAGUGUGCAAAGCUGUUUGAGGUUUAUUUUACGUCCUCCAUAUCCAGCUUGGGGUCCAUGUACUGUAUGUUGGAACUGUUUAAAAUGUCCUCCUGACAUAUUAAUCUCGUAAUCGUUAGUGUAAGACAAAGACACAAAGAGCAUACGAGUACAUGGACUUAAUUUGGAUAGCAUGGAUAUGGAAUAAGUGUUCAGAUGGCUUUCCAUACAUUCCGCAAUGUACAAAUUGUUUUUUUGUUUUCGUCCAUUCUAUAUCCAUCCCAAUGCUUCCAUAGCACCAGGAGCUGCUGCUUCAUUUGCAAGACUCAAGGAAAUGUUAGCUACGUUAGCAUGUAGCAUGUUUAAAAAAAAAAAAAAAAGGCCAUGUGGUUUGCCCUUAGCUUAUGGAGACCACUUAAGUGGGACUUGGUCUGACGGGGAUUCUGUGCUUUGGGAACAAGGAAUGUCUUUUUUUAAUUCUGUUUUAUUUUCAUAUUCUCCUGCUCCCCCAGAUUUGUUCAGCCUGGGUGCUGCAUCACCUCUUGUUUUAUACCUGCAGGGAGACUUUCUAUGGAAAAAUAAAACAAGGAUAAUAAGCCAA